UCCUCCUCGGAAGUUUUACGUUAGUCUUACAUGAAGUAUCUAACCAUUGAAAUUAUGUUGGCGCGAAGCUCAAGAUGGCGGAAAAUCAGGAAAAGGACAACGUUUCUACAACUCGUAAGCCCAGUACGAGUUUGGUCACCGAUGUACUCCUGAAAUCUGGUCGUUUAGAAAAAGAAGACAUAAAUUCAUGUGUGAAGAAGACAUUACAGAAAUCUGAAGAAGUGAAGGCAGAGGUCCUUCAAGCAAUUUACAAGGAAUACACCUUUGAUGAAUUCUUAGAUUUCAGUAACUCAACCUUUGAAAUGAACUGGAAUGUCAAUAAUCUUCUUGCUGAAAUUCAAAAUGUCUCUGAUAAAUUGAAAAACUCUGUUGAAGCCCCUCUUGAAGCUGCUGCUCGUGAACAUGGCGACCUUGUAAAACAGUUGAAGGAGACUGAAGCAAUCGCAGAACUCCUCAAAAGACUUUAUAAGAUACAUGAAGCACUGGAUGCCUUCCCAGGAGAGCUGAACAAAGCAGCAUACUACAAUGCUGCAAAACUUGUUCAAGUCGUGAAAGAACUUCUCUCUGAUUUGCCCAAGGCUGGCCAAGAGGGACGGAUAUUUGUAGCUCUUAGGGAGGAAUGGAGAAGGCAAAAAGCUCAGUUAAUUGCAACUCUAGAAAGAGUGUGGGCCAAGAGUAUUGCCUGGACCACACCCACUACUGUAUCGCUGGACAACAGACAAGGACAUCUCAACACACAACUCAAGCUAAGUACAGGUGGAUGUUCAAUGAGCAAUAUCCUACAAGCAAUGGAAGCACUUGGUAUCUUGGAGAAAAGAUUGAGAAUUUUUGGAAAGAAACUGGUUCAGUUUAUCUUCCGGCCCAUUAUUCUGUUUCCCAGCCUGAAACCUCAAGUUACUCAAGGAAAACAGGAAGUCAAAGUAUCAUUUUCAAAGGAGAGUGGAAAAAAGAUAAUUGAUCCUGGCCUACUGUAUACAAAGUCCUCAGAGAUCCUUGUUGUGUUGAAAAACUUUUUUGAUGGCACAAAGAAAGAACAAGAUGGGAAAACUAAUGAAGCUAAUGUGUCCACUGCAGCACUUUUUGCUAAACUGGGUGAAUUUGUGUGGCCUGAUCUUUCUGAAAAUAUAAUCACAGAAUGUCUCAAAAGAUCUGUUCCAAACACAAGUGCUCAGUUGGAAAAGUAUCAAGAUGUUAUAAAAGCCACUGAAGAGUUUGAGACAAAGCUCGUGUCGAUCGGUUUAAUCUCAGAAGGAACAAAUGAUCUGACCUCAUAUGUAAAAGAUGUUGGUAUUCACUUUGGAAACAAAAAGUGUCAAGAUCUUCUUGUAACUGCCCGUGAUUUGAUGAAAGAUGACAUACACAACACAGUAUUGGUGGACAGCGGCAAAGACAGAGCAGUUCUUUUAAGUCUGGGAGAUAUACAGAAAGCAUUAUCAGAAAACAAGAAAGGAGUUAAGCAUGAACCAUUACAUGGAGACCCAGCCAACACCGUCAGCAAGUUCACAUUUUGCCUCCCAAGCUGCCGCAUUAGUGAGAGCACAGAAAAAUUAAUGAAUCUUGCUUAUGAAACUCUUAUUGAAGCAACACAGUCAACUCCACAGUGUGCUAUUCAGCUAUUCUACAGUGUUCGUAACAUGUUUGAGUUAUACUGUAAUGUUGUACCCACAUAUCAUCAACAGCACUUGAGAACUUUACCUCAAUUGUCAGCGCUACACCAUAACAACUGUAUGUAUAUUGCACAUCACCUUCUCACCUUGGGCCACCAGUUCAGACCCAAACUACCAGAGCCACUUAAUCAGAGUGUUGCUUCUUUUGUGGACCUGGUUCCAACCAUCAGACAAAUGGGUGAAAAGUGUUUCCUGGAACAACUGAGAAAACAAAAAUCAAAUCUUCUGGAGAUACUCAAGGCCACAAAAGGGUUUGCUAAUGCACAUGAAGAUGAAAAGGGAUUGCAGGUGGAAAGAACAAUGAAACAGAUCCUCCAUCUUCUAAGCAAUCUAGGCAGAAUAUGGAAUGGUAUUCUACCAGUUGAUAUCUACUGUCAGUCCUUGGGAGCUUUGUUUGAUGAUGUCUUACAAAGUAUAGCAUGGGAAGUCCUCCAACUUGAGGAUAUCUCAGCUGAGGAGGCUCAUCAGCUCCAUUCAUUACUCUCCAUACUUGUACAGCGUGGCUCUGAAAUAUUCCAAAGCACCCAGGAAGCAGAUUCAGAUUCAGCAGAAAAUACUUGGGAUAUAUGCACAGUUGUACCACACUGGAUUCGCUAUAAGGAGUUGAUUGCAAUUUUACAAGCAAGUUUACAAGACAUCGUGGAUCGAUGGGCAGAUGGAAAGGGUCCCUUGGCCCAUGAAUUCACAGCUCAAGAAGUGAGAGGCCUUAUAAGGGCCCUCUUUCAGAACACUGACAGAAGAGCAGCUGUACUGGGAAAAAUUAAGCCAGUGCAAGGGUAGAAAUGUUCCAGACUAAUGGAACAAAUAUAUAUGGAUACAACGCUUAUUAUCAGAACAAAAUUAGCUUUGAUGGAAUUGAAGAGACUUCAUAUUGUGUUGUCAAGAGACCUGCCAAUAACUUGGCAGCAUAUGUCAGAGGUGAUGAAAGACAUUCAUAACUUACUCAUUUAACUUCAUGCAUUUUACAAAUUAACAGCAUGCAAGAAGAUUGUAAAAAAAUUGUUGGCAUUGUA